AUGGCUUCCGACGAUUUUCACCCCCUCGCCGAGUCCGGCGUGACGAUUCGGUCCGACAGCGAGCAGUACUCUCAAGGCGAAGACCUGACCGAAUCACCUCCCUCGUCGAACUCGCCGGUGAUCCUCUACAAGCCACCCACGUUUUGGGGCCUGGUCCGCGGCGCCGCCAUCAACCUGCUUCUACCCUUCAUAAAUGGCAUGAUGCUCGGAUUUGGAGAGUUGUUUGCACACGAGGCUGCUUACAGGCUAGGAUGGGGCGGCACCAAGGUCUUCCCGAUGUCCCGGAGACGUGCGCACCCCAUUGGCCCCGGCCUGGAGGUUCGAGAGAAGCAGCGAAGGCCCACCACUGGUCUUGACGACCUGACGAGUCUGGAAUGA